GUUCAUUUAAUUCCUCUUCAGCGAAUGGGCGGAAGCAAGUGGAGUCGGGACUAUAUAAACCAGACUGAGCGUCAGAUCCAGUUUCUGUGCAGAUUAUCAUCGGGAAUCCUUUUUGAAACGGAAGCUUCUUCUUUGUGCUGCACUGAAACUACCAUCAAACAUGAAUAAAGACGACGACAUGAAGGAAGUAGAACUGAACGAGAUGGAUCAGGAAAAACAGCCGAUGACCGGAGAAAGUCCGACAGGCACCGAAAAAAACGGCUGCGUAAAGGUUAUAGUGCCAGAGGAAAACGAGGUCAAAUUUACGGGACUCUCCAAAGAGGAAUUAAUGAAAGUCGCCAACACAGCCGGGUGGGAUCGGACUCGUUGGGUCUUGCUGGUUUUAUUCUGGCUUGGCUGGAUUGGCAUGUUAGCAGGAGCAAUAGCCAUCAUAGUACAGGCCCCACGCUGUAAACCCAUUCCUGAGAUGAACUGGUGGAACAAAGGUUUUCUGUACCAGAUAUCUGAUGUUAAUGCCUUUUCUGGAAAUGGACUAAAAGGAGUGGAGGAGAAACUGGACUAUCUGAACCAGAUGAAGGUGAAGGGGCUUGUUUUGGGUCCGAUACACACUGUGCAAGCAAUGAUUUCUCUGCUGGAAAGAGCACACAGAAAAGGAAUCUCCAUAGUGCUGGAUCUAACACCCAAUUAUCAGGGAGUUUCAGCCUGGUUCAACAACACUGCUUCUGUUGCUGAGCAACUCAAAGAAGACUGCAUAUACUGGCUGAAUAUGGGGGUGGACGGCAUCUUCAUAUCUCAUCUGAACAACUUCACAGAAGCCUGGCAAUCUGUUCAAGACACAUUCAACAAAACAGAUGGGACCAAAAAACGAGCUCUGAUGGGAUCAGUCACCGGUCUCUCCGUGGAUGACAUAUCUCAUCUGCUGAAUCGGUUGAGUGUUGACCUGCUCUUGACUGGACUGCCUGAUCUGGCGGAGCCCGGUGAAAGACAGGCCAAGGAAAUACAGUUACUCUACUCCAGUCACCUGCAGACGAGUUUGGGCUGGAGUCUGAGUGGACGGACUCUGGGUUCUCUUGCCUCCAGAACUCCAGCAGUGCCUGUAAGGCUCUAUCAAAUGCUGCUGUUCACCCUCCCGGGUACACCUGUGUUCAGCGCUGGAGAUGAGGUCGGACUGAAGGCUGGGGAGAAACCUGAAGAAAUGUGGGAACUUGAAAGUCAUGCAGAAGAUGACAAUGCAACAGCAAAGACUGUACAAGAGGAACGUAUUGCAGUGCGAGACUUCUUUAAAACACUCAGUGAUCUGAAAGUAAAAGAGCGAUCACUUCUGCAUGGAGAAUAUGUCAGCCUUUACAGUUCAUCCACCUCAUUAGCAUUUCUCCGCCUUUGGGACCAGAGCGAACGCUUCCUGGUAGCCUUAAAUUGGGGAAGUGACCCUCUUACCAUGACCCUGACCAAUAGCGACCUGCCUGCUGAGGCUCGAGUCUGUGCUUCCACAGAUACAGAGAAUCUAGCUGUGGGUAGUACAGUGUCAGUAGAGAAGUUAGAGCUUGGGCCGAAACAGGGUGUUCUGUUGUCUUAUGCUUUUCCUGGCUAGCCACACGGACACAGACAGUCCUUUAUGUCUCGGAUGAAUUUCAACACUGUGCACAGGUUUGGAAAGACUAAUCUAUGAGAAAGAGCUGUUACAGUUUAUGCAUAGGAUAGAAGUUGAUCUCCACACAGAGACAUGUAGAUCUAAAGAUAUAAUAAAAAAUGAAAUGGCUACUAAAAUUAUGUU